GACUGAUAUAUGUUUGCUAUUUGGGUUAUAUUCCUAUUAAUUUGUUCUUGGUGCGAAACCAUCUCUACACGGUGAAGGCGUAUCCAGACUUCACCCUGGACUCCCAUUUCUCCCAUCAGGCUGAGGAAAUUGCCGAUGCUAUAGAAAACAAUCAUACUCGGCAAGCAGCUUACCUGUCAGAGAAGCUAGUCCUUGACUACGGCACUCACGUGAUAACCAUAGUUGAAGCCGGCGCUUCUUUGGUGCAGGAGGACUAUCUCAAGGCCUCUUAUGUUGCCAAUAGUGACACUUCACGGUCCACUGUGAGCGCUUCAGCCGGAUUGAACUUUUUCAAUAAAGUUAGCUUUAACAUUGACGACAAAGGCUCCCAUGAAACGUCAGAAACUCGCAGUUAUGAGGGAAACUUGACGUAUUCUCUGACCCUGAGCCACGGUGGGGCUUUGUUCUACCCUGGCAUCACUUUGCAAAAAUGGCAAGAAAGCACCCUCAACAAUCUGGCAGCUAUAGACCGUGCGGGAAUGCCACUGCAUUACUUUCUUACCAAGGCAGCGUUUCCUGACAUUCCUGAACCAACCAUUCGCAAGCUGGCAACAUCAGUGCUUCAAGCUGUAGAGCGCUACUACUUCAUCAACAGACGCCCAGGGUGUGUCAAGCCAGACUCUCAGAAUUUCAAUUUCCAGGCCAAUGUAGAUGAUAGUAGUUGUGAAGGCCCAGCAACUAAGCUGAGCUUUGGCGGCGUCUAUCAGCAGUGCACCAAACUCACACCAGAUGCAGAUUCAAUUUGUGAUGCACAAGCUCAGAAAAACCCAGGCACUGGUAAUUACUCCUGUCCCGAGCCCUUCACACCAACCCUUUUACGAUCUCAGGUGGUGGAGGAGGGGUAUAGUCGUUAUGAAUGCCAUCGGCAGUGCCAUAGCUGUUGGUUAGUUUCAAAAUGCUGCAAAGACGUGUGUGGCGACUCCUAUUAUGUCAGACGUGCCAAAGUUGAUACGUACUGGUGCUCUACAAACAAAGAAACAAACGCUUCUUCUGGGUAUCUCUUUGGGGGUCUCUACAGCCCAUUGUUACAGAAUCCUUUAACCAAAUCCAAAAGCUGCCCUCCCAACUACAUCCCUCUAAAACUGCUCGCCAACAGACUGAUGGUGUGCCUGAGUAACGACUAUGAGAUAGGCACUCGAUUCUCUGUGCCUUUUGGGGGAUUCUUCAGCUGCAAGUCUGGCAACCCACUCAUGGGAGGUCAUCCUCGCUGCCCGCCGAAAUUCAGCCAGCACCUAGCCGCCAUAAGCGACGGGUGUCAGGUGCUUUACUGCGUCCAGUCAGGUAUCUUCACCGGGGGGCAGCUGCUUCCCAUCCGCCUGCCACCUUUCACCGACUCCCCGGUCGUGAACAUGGUGGCCAACAGCACCGUGGCUGUCAUGACCGAGGGCGGCAGGGCCUGGGUCCGAGUUGGAGACACAAAGAUGUGGAAACUGGCCAAUGCUGACGAGAUCCAAAACGUAUCAGAGCUGCAGAACUCAGAGAUGUCGGGAGGGGGAAAGAUUGGCGUUGCUGUUGCACUGAUUGCCCUGAUUGCCCUGGUAGUUGUAGGUGCUGUUGUCGUCAUGAGGAGGAAGUAG